AUGGCGGAUGAAUGUCUCCACUCUGUGCAGCUCGAGCUCGAGGCCGUGGGGAAGCAGAUUCGCGACCUGGAACAGAGGCAGGCCAAGCUGAGAGAGCGGAGAGCCGCGCUGGAAUCAUCCCGGGCCGACGCUCACAAGUCCGGGGUAAGUAUACAGCGUGCUGUUAACAGUCCCACCACGUCUACUCCGUGUGUUUCUCUGCGCAGGCCCGGUGCACCCAGGACGCGAUCUUCCCAGAUGUCCUUCACUGCGACGCCGGGACACCACGGACCCUGGGUGCAUCCACAGCGGAGGACGCGAGCCGGGUCCCGGGCGACUACUUCUCCCCCUCCUGCCUUCGAGCUCUCCAUCCAGAACCGCUUCGCUCCCCUCCGCGAGACAGGACGCGACGCUGUGAUCAUCGGAGACUCCAUCGUCCGACACGUAAGUGCUACGUUAGCCGAAGGUAAAGUGCACACUCAUUGUUUGCCUGGUGCUCGUGUUCUCGAUGUUUCUGCGCAGAUACUCGCGAUCCUGAAGGACUGCGAGAGCCCCAGAGCGGUCGUGCUUCACGCCGGGGUUAACGACACCACGCUGCGGCAGACGGAGACGCUGAAGAGGGACUUCAGGAGCCUGAUCGAGACGGUUCGCAGCACGACGCCCGCGGCGACGAUCGUCGUGUCAGGACCACUGCCCACGUAUCGACGAGGACACGAAAGAAUUGGAGCGGAGCUUCUCUCCGACAACAUCUCCAGGACACUUCGCUCCAUGUGACUAGUAAGACAAUUCUCAAAUAACUAUUAUGAUGAGUUUUG